AGAAGGAUGAGUGCCUAUGCUGACAUCUGUGCAUCCAAGCAGGCCCAGCAGGGGACCCCUGAGGGUGGUUACCAGCGCUAUGGAGUUCGCUCGUACCUGCAUCAGUUCUAUGAGGACUGCACAGCGUCCAUUUGGGAGUAUGAUGAUGACUUUCAGAUCCAGAGAUCACCCAGCAGGUGGAGCUCUGCAUUCUGGAAGGUCGGACUCAUCUUGGGGACAGUGUUUAUGCUGACAGGGAUAAUAGUCCUGGUAGUAGGUUUUCUUGUACCUCUCAAAAUUGAAGCUCUUGGAGUAGAAGAUUUUGUGGUGGUGGAUACACGUGCUGUUCAGUUUAACAGAGCGCUUGACAUAUGUAAGUUGGCAGGAGCGAUAUUAUUUUGUAUUGGAGGGACCACAAUGGCAGCCUGCUUGCUCAUGUCUGCAUUUGCUAAAAGCUAUUCCAAAGAAGAGAAGUACCUGCAGCAGAAAUUUAAGGAGAGAAUAGCAGACAUAAAAGCCCAUGUACACCCAGUCACAAAGGCCCCAGCACCUGGAGAAUCCAAGAUACCCGUCACAUUGUCCAAAGUUCAAAAUGUUCAGCCAUUAUCUGAAACCUGAUGUUUUCUUCUUCCUAACUUAUCCAUCUUGUGAAUUUGCAAAGCUCAGCGUUGGCUAGCAUAUGAAUCUGGGUUUGCAGUGCAGCAUCACUGCGCUCUACACCUAGUAGGAAAAGGAGCAGACUGAGAAACUAGUUUGGUAGGAAAAAAGGAGUGGCAAGAACAUGAAGGCUCAGCCAUUCGUGGUUUGAAUAAAGCAUUUAUAUAGACAUCUUGC